AAUACCCCUGCUCGAAGUCAUCUGGCCAUCGGUGUUCCAACGGUAUUUCUUCAUUACCGUACUCGUUGUUUUGAUUUGUUGGCACUUGUGUGUCAACUCUGGUUUUUUUCCAUCGUAUUACAAUGAAACAUGAGCAGCCCGCUGUAUUCCUAUACAUAUUAUGCCUGCUGCCAAGACAUAAUUAAUUAUAGGUUGUAUUCGACGGUGUUUAGCUCGCAGUUGUUCGUCGAGCUGUUCUCUCAAUUGUUUAACUGACUUCCCAAUGGUCGUCGGUAAAUCAUUAAAUUGAUUAGCGUUUGUGAUCCGCCUUGCAUCUACUACUGGAAUUACAUGUUCAUUAGUAAAUAAAGUUAGGUCAAUUGUCAUACUUGUAGUGGGCACAAAGUCUGUAUAGUUUUUCGUGACCCCCAAUGCAGCCGGUAUCAACAGAUCGUGCGAUGCGUAUGCUUUGCAUGUUUCGGGUAGUGAUAAGGUGCCAACGUCGUUUAUGGUAUGAGCGAUGGACUCCUUUUUCCCGUCGCAAGCGAUUACAAGCGGUUCUUCGGUCGUUGCGUACAACCAUUGGUUCUUCAGUUGCAAUUUGUGAAAUAACGUUGUUUCCAGUUGGAAGUACAUCAUUUCACAAUUUUCUGAACAAAACUGAGUUGCAACCGCCUUACCGGUGUGCAUUAAUCGAGUCUGCCAGGAUAGCUAGAGGGAAUGUUUUACCGUUGCACAAAUUGAGGAGUAACGUAUGUCAUCAUAAAGCCCUAAUUAUUCCGGACGGACAAGGAUCGAUAAAGACAACAUUGGAUUUUGACGAGGGGAAAACCAUUAUCCCCGAGGUCGAAUAUGUUUUAAAAGAAUUUAUAAAUGCUAGAAAACCAAUAGGAUUUAUGGGAAUUUCAGCAUUAUUAGCUCCUUUUGUGGCCAAACACCCUACAAUUACGUUGGGCAAAAAUGACGAUCAAUGCAAAUGGCCGUUUAGACACUUUAUACCGAUUGCAGAAAAGCUCGGAGCAAACGUUUUGUUAAUGGAACAAAAUGAAAUUUGUCACGACAACAAAAAUUUGAUGUAUAGCACACCAUCGACUUUGUAUUCUGCGCCCAAUGGAAACGUUGUAGAUAUUCACGAUGCUUGUUGUUCAUUUGUAGCAUGCAUGUACCAAAUAGCUGACGUUUGUAAUAAAAACAAUUCUAUUAAAAAUUGUACACAAUAAAAUUUCAUUGGUUAUUAUUUUAGCGAACGUACAGGGAAUUUUAAAGCUAA